AUGGGUUUACUUGUUAAAAGUGUAAGGCAACUAUUCAGCAGCUGUAGCAAGUUUCGGGAUGAGUGCCUCUCCAAGACUCAAGUGUAUGAAUGGUGUUCCGCUUUCCGAAAAGGCCGAGAAGUGGUGGCAAACUUGCCACAUGCGCGGCGGCGCCCCAGAACAAGUGUUACCGAUGACAACGUCAGCACUGUAGAAAAUCUCAUUUUGGAAGAUCGACGGAGUACUGUACGCGAUAUGGCUGAAGAAUUGGGCAUCAGCGUAGGUAGUAACCUCCUAAAAAACACGGUGAAACCUGCCUACAGAUCAAAACGACGCGAUAUUCCUAUCCGUAGUGAAACAUUGAACGAAUUGGGUUGGGAAACACUGGAAGACCCUCCUUAUAGUCCCGAUUUGUCGCCAAGAGACUAUUAUUUAUUUGGUCCAUUGAAAGAGGCACUUGGCGGACUGCAGUCCGCAUGCGAUUCGAAAGCAAUGCUUCGUGUGCGAAUGGUUACGUGA